AUGCAUGUCCUUGUACAAGAAAUAUUAUCUCAACUACAAGACACUGCAACAGCUUCAAAAAGAGAGUCAGAAGAGAAUAUAACCACUUUUAGAGAUCAGCUGGCUCAAGUGCAAUUACAACAGCAAAGUCUUUUCAACAGUAUUUAUGAAAAAUUGUCACAAGCAAAAGCCAAUCUUGAGUCCGAAACACUUAAUCUUGUCACUAAAGAAGAAAAUGAUCAUGAAAGGAAUUUAUCGAAAUGUAAAGAAGCAGAUGUCGAAGGAGAAGAAUUUAGGAAGGUAUUUGAAUUUGUUAUGAACUUUGGGAACUCUGCUGAGAGGAGUGUAAUCCCUGGUCUGAUAUUGAACAGAGCAAAGGAUUUAUAUGAAACAGUCAAAGCAGAAAGUAUGACAGAAAUGAAGUCACUCAUUUUUGAAACAACACUUGACAUUGAAACAAUCGGAAAUGUUGCAAACGUAUCAAUGGUGCCCGCGUCUGUGAAUGAACAACAUGGAGCAAACACUGAUGUAAGUAUCUCCAGCGACGAAAUCCCUAGACCAGUUCAUACAUUAGAAGAAACAGCAGAAUCAUCGGCGCAAACAGGUCCAUCAAAAUGUAAUGCCACGACGCAAACCGAUGAAGUGGCUUUGCAGACUGGCAGUUUUGACAUACCUGACGGCUCCAGCAGUUCUAAUAUUACACAAAAUCUUACUGAAAAUGUGAAAAUCCCCAGUAUGAUGAAAAGAAACAUAAAUCAGCAGGGAGUUUCUUAUAAAGUUCGAUGCCCAGGAGAUAAAGCACGCUGUAGUAUUGAUGCUUUAGAAAUUCUGCCUGACAAUCGAUUAAUUGUGGCUGAUUACGCCAACAAGAAACUAAAAAUCUUUAAAGAAAAUUUUUCUCUAGUAUUUACAAAAGGUCUUCGUGAUAAGCCUUUCGGCUUGUGUCAUGUUAAUGACAAGACAAUCGCAGUUUCUUUUUCUAAAUCAAUCGAAACGUAUGAUAUUGGAACAAAUAAUGCUCACAGAGUAGGCCAAUUUCCGACAAAAGAUACGAUAUUUGGUGUUGAUAAAGUUGGAAAUGUCCAGGAAAUUGCUGUUCUUUCUGCAGACAAUGAAAACCCAUUCCUUCAAAUUAGAAAUGCAAAAACUGGUCGUAUACUUAAAACAGUCUGUUUUGAAAACUCAUGUGGCGUCCCUUAUCAGUUUGGAGAGGGGCGUGGAACUCUACGUUUGCUUUCCAGAGGCACUAAUGAACUAAUUGUUUCAGAAUUUGACAAACUUCACUGUUUCAAAAGUACCAGCACUAGUGGUUAUGCCGAUAAUAAUGAAAACGUUGUUCAAGAAUCUUGGUUCUAUAAAAGCCGUGGCGGGAGCUAUUUGAAAUAUAUAUCAAAUUUGGCAGCAGACGACGAAGGUAAUAUUUAUGUGUGCGGGCAUGACUCUAACAAUGUACAUCAGAUUUCAAAAGAUGAUUACAGAACAAACAGAAUAUUAAUCAGCAACAUCAAAAUGCCAUUAUCGGUUGGUGUGAAUAGCAAAAGAGGUUAUUUGGUUAUUUGUUGUAAUGAUGAUGACUAUAUACAUGUAUAUAACUUUUGUUAGAUAUAUAUUUUACAAAUAGAACAAUAACCAUUAACUUGGGCAAACACUAGACUGUUGAUGAAUUUAGGACAAUAUACACUGUUGGUGCGAUUAAUUUGUAGUGUUUGAGAACAAUGCAUAAUAUGCAAUAUACCGGUACAUAUAUUAUGUAUUUUAGUUGAUUUGUGUUCUCUUUUUUAUGUCUUUCAGUCAGUACACUAAGCCUGCAAAUUGUGAAUACAUUUUGUUCAGCAUUUUGAAUAUACAGAACAAUGAAAAAUUUAUAUUUUUCUAUUGAAACGACAGCCAAUAACGGCAGGGCAGCUUUUCGCGGAUCGGGACCAUUUAUAGGCCAUAAGUUUUAGUUGGUCAUUGUAUGAAACAUUCUUUCUGCUGGAAUCAGUCAUAGCAAAUGUUUAUAGUUAAAAUCACAACGCUUCACUGUCCAGCACACGAUGGCUUGAUCUUUUUUUUAUAAAGAAAAUGUCGUCAAAAAAUAAAGUUAUACUGUUAUUAUGUUGAAUCAUUAAAUAAA